AUGGUAUGGACAAACUUGGGCGGAGAAAUAUAACUAGUUCAUUAUAAAAUGGUUCGUUGCAACCAUUCCAGGUAGUUGAUUCAACAUUUUUCGUCCGAAGAAAAGCAUCUUGAGAAUCCAAAAUGUAGAUCAAAAUCAAGACAAAAUUUUAUACCGGGUGGCCAAAAAAAAGUACUCCUGUUUGAUUCGUAAUAACUUCUAAACAAGUAAAGUUUUAAAAGAGAAAUAACUUGCAUUAAAUAGAGGAAGGACUAACUUAGAUUUUGAUAUAUUACAGCUGUAUUUAACUUAAAAAUUCACGGAUAUAUUAAUGUUAAAAAUGGGGAGCAUAUUUUGGAAUGUGUCUAAAAUUAGCGAAAAUCGGCAUAUCAAAUAUUAACUCCAGCGUUUGUUUGUUUAAUGACAUAUUAGGCUAACUUGUAUUUCAGCGAAUUAUCGUUAAGGUUUGUAAGGGAUAUGGCGUAGAUUUAGACAUCUUACAUGUAAGUCUUAGCUCAUUGUUUCCUGAAAUAUGAACGUUCGAAAUUAUGCAAGUAUUUAAUAUUAGGUCUUUGUAAACUUAAAUGUACAUGAAAGACUGACCAUGGAAGGCAGGCGCUUAAAUUUUUCGUAUUCUUAAAUAGCCUAAUUUUUUUAUGUUUUUAAUGGGUUCAAACAGACUGAGUAGAUUAUUUCUCGGUUAGAGCAGGAUGAAUAUUCUUUAUUGAAGGAAAUAAUAUUGCUUUUGGCAAAUACACAUCACCGUAUCAACGCUACUAUUUUGUUACGUUUUGUUCCAAAAAUGUUGCAUGUCUCUGGGGAGUUGCUUAAUUGUUAUGUCUUAUGGAGUUGUAUGGUUUGAUUGUGUUUCAUAUAAUUCUCAGUUUACUCCAUGAACUUGCCAAGAUUAAGAAAUGGCAAAAGAGUUUGGGUGUUCUUAACAAGAUUUCAGAACGUUGCAGAAGUUAGAAGAGCUUCACAAUUCCGUUGUGACAGCAUGCCCUAAUUCAGAACUACGAACGAUCCAAUGACGAUCCUUCGCGAUGCAGUGGUCUCAUGAAAUAAGGAAACGUAUUCGUGCUAGGAACACACGCGAAUUUCGGACGAACGAAUCUUGCUUGUAUUUUGUAGAUAUAAUAAUACUUUGUUUCAUAAUAAACAAUUUGUCAAGUGUCAUUUAUUUACUGGUAAUAGUGCAUGUUUCAGUCGGGCAAAUCUUGAUUAAUAUUUGAUACGCCGAUUUUUGCAUAUUUCAGACACAUCCAGAAAUAUCCUCCCGAAGAUAUAUAUAUAUAUAUAUAUACGUAUAUAUGUGUAUAUAUAUAUAUAUAUAUAUAUAUAUAUAUAUAUAUAUAUAUAUAUAUAUAUAUAUAUAUAUAUAUAUAUAUAUAUAUAUAUAUAUAUAUAUAUAUAUAUAUAUAUAUAUAUAUAUAUAUAUAUAUAUAUAUAUAUACCUUUGGUAUAUAGGUAUAUAUGUAUAUCGAAAUGUGUAUAUCGAAAUGUUUUAUAAUUUGAAUUUAAGUCCUUUCUUCAAACUACUGUAACUGAAGAUUGCUACAACAAAAAUUAAAUACUGUACUGGAACGUUCCAUGUUGAUCAUGUUGCACCCUCGACGCCAUGUCACCCCGUCCCCCUUUAGAAGCCUCCUUCCGCCUUGUUAUCGUUUCAAUUCUACACCACUAACUAGUAAUUCCCAUCCUCGUCUACAGUGCUGUGUCCAUCUAGCCAAAUAAUUUUAUACAUGUAAGUUAUGUAACGUCUUGCAUUUUUCAUUGAUUCACUAUUAAUACGUACUCUGUCUUGUAUUUUUUUUUCUGUAUCCUUUAGGAGUUUUUGAAUGAAGCAUUUAAUUUCGAAUCCAAGCAACCAACGAACAGCAUUUCUUCGAACAAUGGUAAGACUUGCAACCUCACAAGUAUCAUUGGCGAUAAUGGACCCGAUAAAAAUUCAAAUGGCUACAGUAAACACAAUCUUUUACGCAGCAAAGGAUCGUCAGUAAACACGUUUCCUAAUUCUGGUAGUUCUGCUGGAUGUCUCAGACCAUCGUCGGUUAAUUGUGGGAGACCCAAUAAUGAAGACGCAAAUACAAAGCGUAUAGGAAAUUUCAAUGAGAAUUUUUCUUCAGAACCUCCAUUAAAGAAGCAAAAUUGUGUAACGGAGAACCGCAGUCCGAGUUUGGGAAGUGAUCAGUUAUAUAAUUCCACUGGAAUUACAAGGAACAAUGCAAGUGAACACAUAAUUGGUAUUGAUAAUAUGUUGUCAGAAUCAAAGACCUCAAAGUCUUUCGAUUUUAACCCUGCUGUUAGUUCAAGAGCUACUAGUAAUUUAUCAAAUGGACUGAGAUACACACAAAAUACUACUUCUGCGGUUUCAUCACCAAGGUUGACGAAUAAUAGACCAGGAAGCUUAGCUGGGUCUUGUACGCCUCUACGCAAGAAUACCUUGUGUGACCAGCGAAGAUCACCAGCAACAAACUCAUUUACACCAAACAUAUACAAUGAAAGAGACGCGUCUCAGAACUUAUUGCGAAGCACUAUAUCACCUUCAGUCAGUAAACAGUCACAUCAUUUAAGGGGAACGGGUGGGUCUGAGGUUCGGAAUGAUUCUUUGUUUACCCAUAACCGUAUCCAUGAUUCUAAUCCUUCACUAACAUCAAACAGAUACAGAGAAAGAGACUCAUCUCAGAAAUUGUUACGAAGCACGAUGUCACCUUCAGUCAGUAAACAGACUCCUGAGUUUAGAAUUGCCAAUGAUUCUUCAAAUCACUUAAGGGGAACGGGCAGGUCUGAAAUUGGGAAUGAUUCUUUGUCUACCCAUAACCGUACCAAUUCUAAUCCGCCAGUAACACCAAACAGAUAUACUCACAGAGACUCAUCAGUAGACAAACAUGGAAGCAAAGUAUCAACUUCAGCUAAUUCACAUACUCCAAAGCUAAGAGGUUUUCCGAAAGAAUCGCCAGUUCAGAGGAAUUUAAGAACACCAACAACUGAAAGGAGAUGUUUUACUCCGAGAAGAUUUCCUGGACCUGCUGGGAUUCUGCCAAGACUG